AUGGAUCUCACCACCACCACAGCCGCCGCCGGCACCAUGACUGCCACGGCCGGCAGCACCAUCAUUGUCCAGGACGACGACAAUAUCGAGGCCAACGCCUCUAUUGCUGCCCUCAUCAUUGCCACCAUCGCCUUCUUUGCCGCCGUGGCCCAGCUUACCCAGUCAAUCAUCUCGGCAGCCCGCGGCCUUCCCAACUGCUCCAGCGAUGUCAUGGGCAACUGGGCCCGGGCCACGUCCAGAAACUUCAAAUGGUCAGAGUUUCGGCUCCAGGUCUUCUUCGAGUCUCCCGUCAUCUUUCUCGCCCACUACAGAAACGAGAGGGUCCCGGUUCCCGGUGCGCCCGCCUGGUAUGCAGACGGCACUGACGACAGCCGCGCGCGCUUCCGCCUCGGCCCGAAGCCUGCGCCGCCUCCCGAGACGACCUCGUCAUCUACCAUGUCCUCUACGGGGAAACAGAACGGUGAGUUGUCCGCCCGCCACCUCCGUCUCCAGGAGCGUACGCACAAUGUGGACAACGAGCGCGUAUCGUGGUUGAAACUCCUCGAGACCAUCCAGAAGAUGGAGGACAUGGCCUCCGCAUGGGAGAGGCAGCAGGAAUCCCCUCGCGUCUCCUCGGGCCACCCGGACCUGGUCGUCUGGAUGCAGCCAAAGAAGCGGAGCUUCGACUACAACCCGGCCGUCAAGAAGCCCUACGCCAACACGACCAUCUGCCAUAUCGUCGAGCUUGCCGCCAUGCUCGGCCUGUACUGGAAGCUCUUUGAUCGCGAUGCGAACAAGUAUCGUGCCGAGGGCAACGGCUCUAGCCUGCUGGGCACACGUGUCGACGAACUGGGCAUCGUCUUCGUCUUCGAGGCGACAGGGCACCCACAGUUCAACCGCAACAGAGUCAUCCCCACGUCGGCUCUCAAGGAAGUCUGUUUUGGCAACGUCCCGACCAUUUUCCGCCCAACAGAUGCCGCCAGCGAUGCCGCAAUCAGGGGCGGGCCCUUGCCCGAGCAGACCGACUUGAUGACACUCCAAUUUGGCAGCCGCCAAGAGAUUGCUCAGACGCUCAAUCUGAUAGGUUGUAACACGGCAACGCGACUAUACUACCUCCAGGAGAAGAAGCAUAUACAUCUGUUUCCGGUGACUUUCGAGAUACUGGGCAUGCUUGGCCGCACCCUGCAUCUGCUCGGGAGGCCUUUCACCUACCUGCCCAACCCCACCAUAUUCGAGUGGAACAGACAGUCCUUCUCUAUGCGAAGAAUGCUGGAGCAGUUCACGGCCUCGCUCAGCGGAGCAAUAGAGUCGUUCCACGUCACCGUGCCCGACGAGCUUAACUCGGUUCGCGAUUACGCCACGGCGCUCUUGAGGGCCAUCCCCCCUUCUGAGAGAGACCCGCUGCAGCCCACACAGCUCGAGCUCCUGCACCACACGCUCAGCCUCCUGGACGAGCUGCUGCUCCAAAAGGACAAAGCCGUCGUUCUCGACGUGCUGCGCCGCCACCUACAGGAAGUGCUGGUGGCCAUCAACACGCCGGCCGAGGGCAGCGAGGCACCAUCGGCGGCAUCGAGCAGCACUCGCUCCUCCCGUAGCCCGCGGGAGAUUUCCUUUGAUAACCUGCUCGACGUGCCGCCCGAGUACAGGGAGGUCGAGUUCAUGGCCAUGUACUUUGAGGAGAUCAGGUACCGGGUCAUCAGCAACACCGACGACGACGCCUAUGGCAACAACCAGGCGGCCGAGGCCUCGCGCGCCAUCCAGGAGAAGAGCGACAAGGAAAAGGCCCAGCGCAAGGAGUACCACCGCCAGAGCUUCCAGGCGGCCAGCAUACGCAGCAUGCCCCUGACCGGCCCCUCGGCCUCAGGCGGCCUCGGCGAAGGGCUGCCGCCGCAGCAGCCCGCGCGCAGGUCCACCGACGCCCCCAUCCGCCCGCCGCCAACCGCCGCCGCCCGCGGCACGUCCACGCCCGUGGCAGGCACUCGCAAGCCCGCCGAGGACGCGGCUGCCGCCGACCCGGACCCGAGCCCGUACCAGGGCGGCCGCGACGAGACGUCGCCCAAGAUCCUGACCACCCAGCCCACGUUCCGCCCGCCAGGUCACGACGGCGGCCCUCAGCCCGGCAAGGCGCCCCGGCCGCCGCGCAACGCAGAUGAGGUGCACCGCAACAGCAUCUGGUGCAUCUUGGUGCUGCGCAUGAUCUGUUGGCUGCUCCUCCACAACUUUGACAAGAAUGACGUGCAGCUGAGCAAGAGCGGGCUGGUCGGCAACCGCCAACCCGUCUACAUCAUGUGA